GGAUUCCGCCCCGUUCUGUUUCCCACGUGCCCCGCCAUAAAGGUUCCACCCGCCGGGAGUUCCUUUCUUCGGGCAUCUCUUCCCGUUCCUAUUCAGUUCGACUCCGCCGCCAUGGUGCUCAAUCCUGUCAUUGGGAAGCUCGUCAACAAGAGGGUGGUGCUGGCCAGCGCUUCUCCGCGCAGGCAGGAGAUUCUCACCAACGUGGGUCUGAGGUUUGAAGUUGUUCCUUCCUGGUUCAAAGAGACCCUUGAAAAGUCAUCUUUCUCAGCUCCUUAUGAAUAUGCUGUAGAAACUGCAAAACAAAAGGCACUUGAAGUGGCAAACCGAAUGCAUCUGAAACACCUUAGAACACCAGAUGUCGUCAUAGGAGCAGACACUAUAGUGACAAUAGAAGAACAGAUUUUGGAGAAACCAGUGGAUAAGCAAGAUGCUUAUAGAAUGCUUUCAAGGUUGAGUGGCAAGGAGCACAGUGUCUUCACGGGCGUUGCUAUUGUUCACUGCAGUAAUAAAGAUAACCAGCUAGAGACUGAAGUAACAGAUUUCUAUGAAGAAACUAAAGUAAAAUUUUCUGAACUCUCUGAAGAACUCUUAUGGGAAUAUAUUCAUAGUGGGGAGCCAAUGGAUAAAGCUGGUGGCUAUGGGAUCCAAGCUCUUGGAGGAAUGUUAGUGGAAUAUGUUCAUGGAGAUUUCUUAAAUGUGGUGGGAUUUCCUUUGAAUCACUUCUGCAAAAAGUUAGCAGAACUAUAUUACCCUCCCCAGAAGCACACCAUCCAUCACAUAAAACAUGACUCUAUCCCUUCAGUGGAGACUUUUGAGAUCAUAAGUGAUGGAGAAUGUGACUCUUCAGACUGUGUGCAGCUUGAAGAUGCAAAAACGUUAAGCAGCGGUGGGGUUGGCCACAACCCAGUAAAGUGCAUAAAGAGUACUCAGAACUUCAGUUUGCCUAUGGAAAGUCAAAACGGAGUAGCAGAAAAUGCAGCAAAGUUCCCAUGUAAACUUAUAUGUCUUCUGGAUGGUUUCAGAGCAUCAAAGGCUUUGUUUGUGGCCUGUAAGCUGAAGGUAUUUGAUUUUCUCAAAGACAAGGGCACCAUGACGGCAGUGGACCUUGCAAAUCAACUUAACAGUUCUGUAUGUGGCACAGAAAGGUUACUUGAUGCCUGUACUUCUCUUGGCCUACUAGAAAAGGGCCAUCAAGGUUACAGCAAUUCAGAAUUGGCAAAUCUGUAUCUGGUAUCGAAGAGUGAAUAUUCACUCCACGACUACGUUCUCCACUGCAGUGAGCGCAUGUGGCCCCUGUUUACACAUUUGGAGACAGCUGUCAAGGAAGGGACUUCACAGAAUCAGUGUAUAUUUGGAAGGAAAGUAGAUGAUUUGUUUCAGGGUUACUACUACCAAGCUACAGAGUUGAAGCACCAGUUUAUGAGUGCCAUGCACAGCAUUUCCAAACUGACAGCAAGAGACUUAGGCACAGCUUUUGAUCUUUCAAAAUUUCAAACUGUAUGUGAUCUGGGAGGUUGCACAGGAGCUUUAGCCUAUGAACUAGUCCAUCUCUACCCAGAAAUGAAAGUCACUGUGUUUGACCUCCCAGACGUCAUUGCAAGCAUCUCCAGCUUUCAGCCUUCAAGGCAAAACACUGAUGGAGUAUCUUUCACACCAGGUGAUUUCUUCAAAGAUAAUCUUCCAGAAGCAGAUCUCUAUAUACUUUCACGAGUUUUGCAUGACUGCAGUGAGGAAAAGAUUGACAUUCUCCUAAGCAAAAUAGCUGUUGCUUGCAGGCCAGGAACUGCUUUGCUGGUAGCAGAAACUGUACUCAGUGAAAAGCGAACAAGCCCUGCUAGAGCUGUCUUACAGUCCCUCUCUAUGACAGAAGGCAAGCAAAGAAGUGGCUUGGAAUACAAACAAUUACUGGAGAAACAUGGAUUCGCCAAUGUGCAGAUUAAGAUUACAGGAAACCUGUUAGAUGCUAUUUUGUGCUGUAAGAAAACAUCUGCUCAUUAAACUGGAUGUCACAUAACUGAGACAUUUCAGUGUAGCGAUGAGUAGCUAGAAUUAGCAUACAUGUUUCAACUACAGUUUAGGGUUGUUCUAAUUAUUGUUUUUUUGUUGUUUGUGAACUGUGUAUGAAGCUUAUCCUACGUCUGUUGAUUAAAGCUUUACUAAGUAAA